AAUAUUUCAGAAGAAUGGCAUUGUCAGAUGAAAGAGGGAAUGUAGUGACGCAGGAAACACUUAUUCUCGUCUGUGAUAAAAAAACUGGAUUUAAAUUUGCUUGUGAUGCGGCAGGAUGUGAGAAAGCGUUUACUCGGAAGUAUACUCUGGACCAGCACAUGAACAUUCACAGAGGGAUCAAAAACUUCCGGUGUUCACAAUGUCCUGAAACAUUUAAUUCAUCUUUCCAGAGAUUAAAACAUUUUGAGUCCUGCCAUAGAAGUAAAUCCUUUUCAUGUGACAUAUGUGAUAACGAAUACACAACUCAGUAUAAUUUAAAUGCACACAUGAAAACACACAAUAGUGCCGGUAACAUUUACCAUUGUGACACCUGCUGCUCGAAUUUUAAACAUAAAUCAGAUUUGAAGAAGCACCAAUCAAUACAUUCAGAAGAAACUCCAUUUUCUUGCCAAAAAUGUUUUAUGUCCUUUAAAUACAAGAAUUCGUUAAGAAGACAUGAGAAAACUCAUUCUAAAGAAAGAAACCAUCAUUGUGAUCAUUGUAAGAAAUCUUUUAACCAGAAAUGUGAUUUUGACAAACACAUGCAGACUCAUGAGCGGAAGAGUUUUGAGUGUAAAGAGUGUAGGAAGGUUUUCUCCCGGAAGGAUAUAAUGGUCCGUCACUAUAGAACCCAUCUGCAGCCUUUAACCUGCCCCAUCGGAGAAUGCAGGGAAACCUAUAUCUCAAGGUUUAAUCUGCUCAAGCAUUUUAGAACACAGCACUCCAGAAUGGAGGUAGAAUCUAUCAGUUCUUCCUCCUUCUCUCUACUAGAUAUGUCAGGAGAUGAAAAUUCCGAGGAACCAGACAACCCUGGAGUUGGGUUCCUUGAUAUUCCAGGAGUCGGGUUCCAUAAUAAUCCUGGAUUAGGAUUCCAGGAUAUCACGGGAUUAGGAUUCCCGAAUAACCCUGGAGUAGGGUUACUUGAUAUAAAUAAUCAAGGGGAAUAUGAUAUUCCAGUAGAAGAGAAGCAUGACAGACCUAAAGAAGGAAUCCAUGAUAAACCUAGAGAAGGGAUCUAUGCUCUUGCUAAACCUAGAGAAGGGAUUAAUGACACACCUACAGAAGGUAUCCUCCAUGAUAAACCUAGAGAAGGAAUCAAUGAUAAACAUAGAGAAGGGAUAUAUGAUAAACUUUGAGAAUGGAUCAAUGACACACCUAGAGAGGGUAUCCUCCAUGAUAAACCUAGAGAAGGGCGUCCAUAAUAAACCUAGAGAAGGAAUCAAUGAUACACCUAGAGAAUGGAUCAAUGAUAAACCUAGAGAAUGGAUCAAUGAUAAACCUAGAGAAUGGAUCAAUGAUAAACCUAGAGAAUGGAUCAAUGAUAAACCUAGAGAAGGGAUCCAUGAUACACCUAGAGAAGGGAUCAAUGAUUAAUUUAGAGAAAGGAUCAAUGACACACCUAGAGAAGGUAUCCUCCAUGAUAAACCUAAAGAAGGAAUCAAUGAUACAUCUAGAGAAGGGAUCAAUGAUAGACCUAGAGAAGGGAUCCCAAAAGGAAAUCAAGGUAGGGAUCCGUGGGGUAGAUGUUCUUCAGCUCCCUCAAGAGUUAAUAGACAGUUUCCGCCUAGAACUUGAAGAUAACACAGACUUGGACGAAAACAAGUUUAUUAUUGCCGAUCAUACUUGGAGUAGUUUCCGUGUUUUCAAACUUUUGAUCAUAAGUCAGCAAGAUCUCCUGUAAUCUUCUUUACUUUUAUUGAUUGAUUGAUAAAUGAUUGAUUGAUUGAUUAACUAGUUGUUUGUUUCUGGUUCCAGAUAAAAAUGUCCCGGUCUAGCGAGGAUGUUCUACUUCAAGUACCUCAUGUAAAAUACAAGAAGUUGGAAGGAAUUCUCUUCGUUAUGUCGGAAAGAAUUGGUUGGAUGCCGGGGAACAAGAGUGGGUUCUCAGUUACUCA